AUGGACAACCCGGAGAAUGUCUUUCGGAUGUUUGAAACCCAUAUGCAGAGCUAUAAGGGUGAUGACCCACUUGGAGAAUGGGAAAGUUACAUGCGCUGGAUAGAAGAAAAUUUUCCUGAGAAUAAUGAGUACCUGACAAUUUCAUUAGAACGUUUAAUGAAAGAAUUUUUAGACAAGAAGAAAUACCACAGUGACCCGAGAUUUAUCAAUUACUGUUUAAAAUUUGCUGAAUGCAACAGUGACCGCCAACAGUUUUUUGAAUUUCUGUACAACCAUGGCAUUGGGACCCUGUCAUCCCCUCUGUACCUCGCCUGGGCUGGGCACCUAGAAGGCCAAGGGCAGCUGCAGCAUGCCAGCGCUGUCUUCCGGAGAGGAAUUCAAAACCAAGCCGAACCCCGGGAGCUGCUCCAGCAACAGUACAGGUUAUUUCAGACACGCCUCGCUGAAGCUCAUUUGCCAGCUCAAGCCAGGGCAUUGGCACCUCUGCAGAGUAAUCAAAUUUUAAACAGAACAGUGACGUCAAAAUCAAAUCCAGAGAAUGGCUCAGACUGCUGCCCUAAGAACCAGGGUUCAGAACUUUCUGGAGUUCCAUCUUCAGCUUGUGAUGCAGAGUCAAAAAGAGACCAAAGGGUGAUCAUGAUUUCCAAAUCUGGAUACUCUGUACCCCCAUCCUCAACAGCCAACGCUGAUGUUCAGCAAGUUGUAAUGUAUUGCAAGGAGAAGCUUAUCCGAGGAGAUUCAGAAUUUUCCUUUGAAGAAUUGAGAGCACAGAAAUAUAGCCAGCGGAGAAAGCAUGAACAAUGGGUAAAUGAAGACGAACAAUACAUGAAAGAAAAAGAAGCCAACGCUUUUGAAGAACAGCUACUGAAACAGAAAAUGGAUGAGCUUCACAAGAAGUUGCUUCUAGUAGUAGAGCCAUCCUGUGAGAACCCGGGCAGGAAACCUCUCCAGGAAAGGUCUGAGGUUCAUCCAGCAUGUCUGGGGUUGAGCACUGGCUCCCAGCAGGAACUGAGAAUUCCACCCCUUCCUGCCUUCAGUCAACAGACAGCCAACGUCACGGAAGAGAAACCUCAAGAGGAAACUCCUGCCCUACCUCUUCACCCAAAUGUUGUCACCCCAGCCAUCAGCCAGAGUAUUGCUCCUCCUGUCCCUUUGCCCUCCCAGCUUGUGCCGCAACCUGUAUUUGUAGGAACCAGCAAAGAUGCCAAAUGUGUGAAUGAAAGUACUCGUGAAUUCAAACCGGAGAGCAGAACAGAGGUAAAAGAAGGCCGAGAAGCGCACAAGAUUGCCAACCCAAGUUCCUUUCACACGACUCCAAACACGUCCCUGGGGACGGUCCAGGCCACGCCCUCCAAGGUGCAGCCCUCGCCCACCGUGCACACGAAGGAAGCGCUUGGUUUCAUCAUGAACGUGUUUCAGGCUCCUACGCUGCCUGACAUUUCUGGUGACAAAGAUGAGUGGCCUGCUCUUGACCAAAGCGAGGAUGCCUUUGAAGCCCAGUUCCAAAAAAAUGCGAGGUCUUCUGAAGCUUGGGGAGUCAAUAAGAUUAUGUCUUCCAUGUCAUUGGCUUUUUCUGUGUUUGAAGAUGGGAACAAAGAGAAUUAUGGAUUACCACAACCUAAAAAUAAAACUGUAGGAGCCAGGACCUUUGGAGAGCGCUCUGUAAGCAGUUUUCCUUCAAAGCCAAAUGAUGCACCUCCUGCCGAAGAGUUUCCGGAUGAUUCGACAGUUUGGGGUAUCCGCUGCAACAAGACCCUGGCCCCCAGCCCCGAGAAUGCGGGAGACUUCACCUCUGCCGCGCAGCUUGCCUCCACCCCUUUCCACAGACCCUCCUUUGCCUCGGCGCAGGCUCUGGAAGACAAAGAAAAUGUGGCAGCGGAACAAGGUACCCAUUUGACUUUCGAUUCUUACAAGAGAGGUGUGGAGAAGGCUUCAAAAGGCAGGAAGUUCAGCCCAAUUCUGGAAGCCUCAGAGCCAGCAUUCCCCAUCAGCGUGUCUCCUGCGGCUGCAUCCGCAUCGCUGCUCCAGCCGAGCCGUCCUGCUCAGGUGCUGAGCACUGAAGCCGAACGCAGCCUGGCGGCGUGUACACUCGCUGACUCUGACCGCACCACUGCAGAGGAGCGUCCCGAGACCAGCGCGGGGCUUCCGGCAGAAAGAACGCAGAUGGGCUCGCUUGGCAUCAUCAGUGCUCCAAGCUUCACUGUUGAGAAUCCAUGGGAUGAAAAAUUGAUUCUCAAACUUUUAUCUGGCCUUUCUACACCACUGAGUUCCUAUCCAGACACUUUUGAGUGGCAAUGUAAGCUUCCAGUCAUCAAGCUGAAGACUGAAUUUCAACUGGGUCCUUUGCUGCUCUAUGUCGACUCCCUCCUUGGAGAAGGUGCGUUUGCCCAAGUCUUCGAAGUCACCCAUGGAGACGUGAAUGAUGCCAGAAGCAAGCAGAAGUUUAGCCUAAAGGUCCAGAAGCCUGCUAACCGCUGGGAAUUCUACAUUGGGACCCAGCUGAUGGCGAGGUUAAAGCCGAGUGCACAGCACAUGUUCAUCAGGUUCUACGCGGCCCACUUCUUCCAGGGCGGCAGUGUGUUGGUGGGAGAGCUCCACGGCUAUGGGACGCUGCUGAAUGCCAUUAACCUCUACAAGAACACCCCCGAGAAGGUGAUGCCCCAAGCACUGGUGAUCUCCUUCGCUCUGAAAAUGCUCUCCAUGAUCGAGCAAGUCCACAGCUGCCAGAUCAUUCACGGGGACAUCAAGCCUGACAACUUCAUGCUCGGAAACAGAUUUUUGGAACAAGACAGUGAUGAUGAUGACUUUUCCGCUGGCUUGGCGCUGAUUGACCUGGGUCAGAGUAUAGACAUGAAGCUCUUCCCCGCAGGAACCACAUUCACGGCCAAGUGUGAGACGUCUGGUUUCCAGUGCACCGAGAUGCUCAGCAGCAAGCCCUGGAGCUACCAGAUUGAUUACUUUGGAGUGGCUGCAACCGUGUACUGCAUGCUUUUUGGCACAUACAUGAAAGUGAAAAAUGAAGGAGGGGUGUGGAAGCCUGACGGUCUUUAUAGGAGGCUCCCUCAUUUGGAUAUGUGGAGUGAGUUCUUUCACACCAUGUUGAAUAUACCAGAUUGUGAUCAUCUUCCAUCUUUGGAUUUGUUAAGGCAAAAGCUAAAGGAAACGUUUCAACGACACUAUACAAGCAAGAUUAGGACCCUCCGGAACAGGCUAAUUGUACUUCUCUUAGAAUAUAAGCGUUCUCGGAAAUAA